ACAGAGCACUCGAACGAAAAUUCCAGUCGCUUGUCGCUUUGUGGUUUUGUGUUCUGUGUUUUUUAUCGAAUUCARGACAAAAAGCGAAGAAUAACGCUGACAAGGUGAAAAAAUGGCCAGAGAUAGAGGUUAUGGCUGUUGGCCGGGAUUUUUUAUAACAUUCGAGGGUUUUCUAAAGAUUCUUGAGUUUGUUCUUGGGUUGAUUGCUUUUGCACUUGUGCUGGGACAUGAAAAAGCAGAACUUUUCUCUCAUUAUGGAUUUUUCAUUGUCGUCAGUGCAUUAUGCUGGAUAUUUGCACUGAUCUUGUUGCUAUGGCAUUUGUUUGGAUGUUGUUAUGUCUGUUGUCUUGGAAAAUGGCAAAAGGAGUAUUCUUUGUGGAUCUUCCUUCUUAGCUAUGCUCUGUCUUUCUUUUUCUUCUUCCUCUUUGCAUCUGCUUUGCUAGCACAGUGGACGUAUGGUAUUGCCCAGUUUAUUAUUGCUACAAUCAUUGGAUUUAUCCUGACUAUCAUCUUCUUCAUUGAGAUCAUCAUUUACUAUCGCCGUGUCAGAAAGAUUCGACUGACUGAAGUAGCAUAUGARGGAGCUAAGACACGCAAUAUUUAAACUCUGGUUAAAGAAUCAYGAUAAGACUGUUUGAUCAACAGAAAUCUGUUCUGUUGUUUAUAGACUGAAGCAUUUAAGAUAAUAUAAGAAGCACUUUAAUAAUAAUGCWUUCAAUAUUGACUGCUGUCAAAGAGCUGAAAAAGCGUACUAUGAACAUUAUAGUUCUCGUUUUUUACUGUUGUUGUCUCCUUAAAGGAGAAAGUAGAGUCUGUCCAAGGCUGAGUGUUAUACUAGUAUUCUUGGUAAAUAUUUAUGAUGUCAGUUGCUAAGGAAACAUGAAAGAUAAAAAUAGUCUAAUUGUGGUUACUGGUGAACAGACAUCACAACUGUUGUACAAUUAUUUCUAGUAAGAAUAGCUAACAGAUUACAUGAAAAGAUAGCAUUUAGUUUGAUAAGUAUAAAUGUAACAGUGUAGUAGCUUUAUAGUCUGUGAAAAAAGCCACUGUCAGCUAAUAAUCUGUUUGAUUGUAGUAUGAUAUAAUUAUUAUUUUUAUUCAAAAUUUCAGUCAUCAAACAAUUGAUUCUCACAUAAACAAAACAAAAAAUGCCAGCAGUUCCUUUAAAACUUUAUAUAUUGUUAUCAUCUCUGUAAACUACUCAAGGAUUUGUACAUUUUGAUUAAUGUGCAUAUAAAAUGUAUAUGCAGCUAUAGCUAUAUAAUAUGCAUGUUUGUCCAUGGUUGGCAUAAGAUUUAGUCCAUCACAGCUAGAGCAAUAAGAAUUCAGGGGGCUGGAUUAGCUCAGGAGAAAGUAUUCCUUUUUUGUCAGUUCCUCCUUAAUGCAUGCUUAAUGGCAUUCCUUAUAUACAAAAUCUUAACUGGAUGGUCCAGAUAUUUUAUUUCAGUCAAAAAAUAAUUAUGUAAAAAUUAAUGCUAUCAGUCUUUCUUUAAGAUUUUCCAAAAUUGGCUGAGAAAGUUUUUGUAAGUUGUAUAGAUAUAGAUUACUUCAUGAAUAUAUUAGUGGCCUGGUUUUUGGAAAAUCUUGAACUACUAGUAGAAUACUGAAGAACGACAAGUGCUUUAGAAAUAAACUUUGUAUUUUGCUUAUGA